AUGGAUACAGUUCUCCGAUCCUACAGGAACAGACUCUGUCAAGAUCCUCGAGAUAGAAUCUAUGGUCUACUUGGCCUCGUUGAUCGCAAAGACAGGGCAGGUGUGGAGCCUGAUUACUCACUAUCUAUCCAAGAGGUCUAUAUCCAGGCCAUGGAGACGAUCUUGGCCCAUGCGGAUUGUGACUUGAAGUGUUUUACAGGGUCUGGAUUCAAUUCGAAGCGACAUCAAUUGCCAUCAUGGGUACGAGAUUUCUCAACACCGCUCGAUUCUAUCACUACUAAUUUCGAAAUGUCCCGACACUAUUUGUACAGGCUCUACGACGCAGCACUAGGUACUGAUAGUGAUCUGAAAGUUCUCAGCCAGUCCAUGUUGGUGGGAACCGGGAUUCUGGUCGAUGAGAUCAUCCAAGUGAGUAUGACAUUACAGACAAGAGACUGGCAACCUGUCUGGAAAGUGUUCGACCAAUGGCAAAAUGUCAUGACUUCAUCAUGGUCUGAUUACAGGUACAUGUCAAGAUCGGACGAGCGCCGUUUCUGGCGUGCGAUGAUGGGCGAUGCUGUUGUGACAGCAGAUGGUGCGUGGAACAGACUGUCGGAGCGGACGAAUGACGGUUUUGAAGAUUGGUGGACUUGCAUCGACAAAUCAUUCAAGGCAAAGGUGGAACCCCCGAUCACUGCUCAAAUGCAUUUGUUGCAGAGUAACAUCUACGGCAGAGCAUUCUUCCUCACAAAGAAAGGCUAUAUUGGGCUUGGCCUCCCAAGUACUCUCCCAGGUGACCUUGUCUGGGUCCUUCGAGGAGGAAAGACACCCUUCGUCCUUCGUCGUGCCAUGCAAAGAGUUGGAGGCCAAGACAUAAGGGACAUAACGCAACUGAGUUUUUAUUUGAUAGGCGAUUGCUAUCUACAAGACUUUAUGGACGGAGAGGCUUUCAUGGGCGAAGACACUAGACUUGAUGCUGUUCAUUUAGUAUAG